AUGGCCAAGUUGCUCCUCUUAAGCAUCUCAAUGACGGCGCUUGCCCGCACAAAUCCAAGCCACACCUACGGCAAGCUGAACCAGAAAAGCAUCGGACGAUGCAAGCCGAUCCCCUGUUCCAUCUCUUUUGCCCACCAGCUGUUCGACGAAAGUCGCCACAUAGAUGAUUUCGGCAAGGCCGCUCUUAUCCGCAGCCUUUCUCGUCAAGGAGAGGCCCUUCAGGCCCUGGAUCUCUUCCGCGACUUAGCCGGCGGCAGCCUACUAAAACCCGCUGCGGUUCCCCUUGCCGCAGCUCUUCGAUGCUGCACUACUCUGCAAGCUGUUAACUGUGGGCGAGAGGUGCACGGCUUUCUGGUCCGCAACGGCGGGGAAAAGGGAGCCACUUGCCGUACUGAGAGCGCCUUGGUUUGUUUAUACGUAAAAUGUGAACUGAUGUCUCUUGCACGUAAGGUGUUUGAUCGUAUGCCCAUGAAAGAUGUUGUUUCUUGGACCAUCAUCCUCAUGGGCUAUGCUAAUGGAAAAGGACUCAAGGAUGAAGUAAUGUGUUUAUUCCUUGAGAUGUUAUUGGAUGGUAUCAUGCCUAAUCGUCAUACCAUCACUGUUAUUAUGGGCUGUGCUUCCUUCCUGGAAGGGAAACAGCUGCAAGCUUACAUUGCAAAGAAUGGUUGGGAUUAUGAUGCGUUUACAGGCAGUUCACUUAUAGACAUGUAUGCUAAAAAUGGAGAUUUGGUUGGUGCCCGGUUGGUAUUUGAUAGGAUUGAACACAAGGAUGUUGUCUGCUAUAACAGCUUGAUAUUGGGAUAUGGUCGAAGCAGACAUAUUCAGAGCCUAAUAAGUAUUUUCAUUGAAAUGUGUUUAGUUGGUUUAGUUCCAAACCAUUCUUCCAUGGUGGGACUGUUGAACAGCUGUGCUCUUUUGGGGCUAAUGAGUCUCUCCAGGCAGUUCCAUGCUCAUGCUGUGGUGAGGGGUUAUGGCUCGGACAAAGUCCUGCAAGGCAUUAUCAUCGACAUGUAUGCAAAAUGCGGUGAUUUGGAGUCUGCACGUGCUGCAUUUGAUCGAAUGGGUGAUGCAAAAAGCAUUGCUGGAUGGAACUCAAUGAUUUGCGGGUAUGGAAAGCAUGGACAUGCCAUGGAGGCUUUUGAACUUUUUGAUUCUAUGCAGCAGGCUUCUUUUCCCCCUCAACACAUCACAUUUACAUGUCUUUUAUCAGCUUGCAGUCACUCGGUAUGGGGAUCACUGCUUGCUGCUUGUAAGGUCUGGGAAGAUGCUGAUAUUGGAGAGAUUGCUGCCAGAAAGCUGUUUGAAAUCGAGCCUGAAAGCUCUGGAUCUUAUGUUGUAUUAGCUAAUAUGUUUGCAGCGGAUGAACGAUGGGAUGAUGCUGCACUGGUUAGGAGAUUAAUGGAUGGUAAUGGGAUUAAGAAAGAUCCUGGUAGUAGUUUGAUAAGUGUUAGAGGAGAUCUGCGCAAAUUUAGGACUGGGGAGGGACAUAUAAGGGAUUGCCGUGAGAUGGAGGAGUUAAUUCGUGUGUGCAGGUGCUUAAACUCAAACAUUCUUACUUAUGUUUAA